ACCAUUUUGCCAAGAGCCUGUGCAAGACUUGGCAAGAGGCCAGCCUAGUUAAAUUGGCCGUGUGACCAUCCAGCAGUUUUACCUCAUCAAUCGUUGCCCAUGGAGGUUGCCAUGUCCGCAGUUGCAGGCGAGCUUGUGAGCCGGUUCAUCUCCUUGCUGAUGAGCAAGUACCACUCCUCCAUCCAUGCACAAUCAAAGGAGCAGAAGCUGGCGAAGCGGUUGCAGCAUCUCCUGAUGCGCGUUCGCACCGUCAUCGAGGAGGCGGACGGGCGGUACAUAACCAACUCCGGGAUGCUGGCCCAGCUCAAGAUGUUCUCCGAGGCCAUGUAUGGAGGGUACCGGGUGCUGGACACCUUGAUGCACCGCGCCCUCCGAAACAGUUCGGGCUUCGACGAGGUUAGCAGCAAAGACUCGUUCAACAGCCAUCUUUAUUUACUCAAGCGUUCUCGGAGGAUGGCCAAAGAGGCCGGCUGCCCCGAGUCGGACGGUGCGUUGGAAAGCUUAGAAACUGCUGCUGCUAACAUGACAGAAUUUGUUAUGCUUCUGGGCGGUUGCGAGCGCAUGUCACGCAGGCCUUAUGACACUUACCUGUACACCCACAACUUCAUGUUCAGCCGACAUGCUGAGAAGCAACAGCUGUUGAGCUUCUUGUUGCAGCACAACGAUCUUCCUCAGGCAACGGCUGUUCUUCCGAUCAUAGGUGGUGCUAAAGUUGGGAAAAAAACUUUGGUUGCUCACGCGUGUGGCGAUGAAAGAGUUCGCGCACGCUUUUCUUCUGUUCUGCACUUGAAUGGUGACACCCUUUUGAGGCAUGGAAGGACCAAGUUUGGGGUGAAGAUGUUGGUAGUCAUUGAGUUUGCUUCUGAUGUAGGUGAUGAUGAUUGGAAAAGGUUUCACUCAUUGGUCACAACAAGAAUGGGCAGAGGAAGCAAGAUCAUCAUUGUAAGUAGACUUCAAAGAUUAGCCAGAUUCGGAUCGGUGAAACCAAUCUUCCUAACUGCUAUGUCUUACGACGAGUUGAGAUACCUUUUCAAAACGCUAUCCUUCGGGAGCGAGGACCCCGCAGAGCAUCCGCAACUAGUGCAAAUAGCAGAUGAAUUUGCCAAGAAGUUCCAUGGUACAGAAGGUUCACUUGUCUCCACAAAUGCGUAUGCAGAUGUGUUGAGAAGGAAUCUCGAUGUUAAGUUUUGGCGUUGCAUAUUGGACAAGGGGAUGAGAAUGGUUAAAAGAAACCUCGCCAUUUACGGCAUGCACCCCAACACGCUUAUGUACCAUGGUCACCCAGUUGACAUAACGGACUUUGCUCUGCAUCCACUUAGCAUGACACCUUAUAGUGCUAGUUUUUCGGUCAAGAAGGGAUCACCAAGUGUAACAUUUGGGGAUCUUAUAACAGAUCCUAGUGUUAGACCGAACGGAGACUUCACUCUAAUCGUAUGGGAAUCAAGGAUACCCCCUUAUAGAUCAUUUCCUAAGUCUGUAAAAAGUUGUGCUCAGGAUAUAUAUCAAGGUAGCGUGUUGCCAGGGAGGAAGCGACAAGGAGUGCCAAUCUAAUUUCGUUUUGAAAACUUGUGUAAUGAGACUCUUUUAAUUUUAGAUACAUGACAAAGGGAUGUGUUAAUAGACCAUUCAACUAAAUGUAUUAGAGAUCUCAAUGUUGUAUGUUCUACCAUCCAACAAUUCCUUGCCCUUGGGAAGGGGAGGAAGGGCGGCCGCUCUCGCCCCUGACCCAUCAUGUGCAGGCAUAGUGUAUAUUAGAAGGAUUGGGCGCGCUU